AUGCCUGAACGAUUAGUAUCAAUGGUAUAUGGAAUCGAAGCUAAUAAUAAAUCAAAUACAAACUAUCAAUCUGUUCAAUAUGUAAAAUUUCCAUCAUGUCCAACAUCACCACAGUCAAUUGAAUCAAUACUUUCCUCGGAUAAUUUAUCAAAUAUCGAAGAUGAAAAGACUGCUAUCGAUGAUGCUUCUUUACUAUGCUUAGACUUAGCACAUCGUAUUGAUAGUGAACGAUAUUAUCCUCAGUCACCAGUUAUUUUUUCACCUGCAUUUAAUCAUACAAAAACUUUUCGUUUUCCUUAUUAUCGUUAUUCACAUUGGAAAUCAUCGUCUAUUAUUCCUCGUGCAAUCACUCCAUGUGAACACACAUUAAUGAUGCAUUUAUUAAUGAUAAUUGAUCGAAUAUGUCGUGAACUUAAAAUUACAUAUUUUAUAAGUGAUGGAACAUUAUUAGGCUCUCUAAGACAUCAUGAUAUUACACCUUGGGAUGAUGAUCUUGAUAUACUGGUAUCAUAUAAGCACCGAGAACUUUUUACUGAUGCACUCAAACAAAUAAAUAAAACAUUGAUUGGAUUACUCAUACAUCAUGCUAAGAUUUCAGAACAAGAUUAUUAUAAAUUAUAUCAUAUUAAUACUCCAAGUGCUGGCGGAUAUCGAUGGAAAUUUCCAUUUGUUGAUAUUUUCUUUUAUGAACAAAAUCAAACUCAUUUAUGGUCUUUACGGUAUCCAGAUAGCCCAUUUGAAACAAAAUAUAUUUUUCCAUUACUUUUAAGACCACUUGGAUACUUAUGGGUACCA